AUGACGGAAGCCGCAGGCCUGGCUCUGGGCGUCGUUGCCCUGUGGAAGACAUGCGUAGAGGUGUUCGAGGUUGUCGAUUCUGGGCGCAGCUAUGGUAUAGACUAUGAGCUUCUCCGUGUAAAGCUUGAGGUGGAGCGAAUCCGUCUGGUGACAUGGGGCGAUAUGAUCGGCUUGGAUAGAGAGAAUUCGACAACGCAACCUGAUACGCGACUCCAGCAGAGCAAUGUGAACGAGACAGUGAUGCGACUCCUUGGUUGUAUCCAGCACAUCUUCGAUAACUCAGAGCGGCUGCAGAGUAAAUACGGGCUCCGGCCGUCGGAAGGCCAGACCCAAAAUGCUAGUAUCGAUGUCGGGGUUGGGCCUGGGAUCUUGGGUGCGGUAUUCAGGAGGCCGUAUGAGAAUCUACGAAGGGCUGCGAGGGAAAGACAAAAAGAUACGGCGUUGAGGAAGAAGGCAUUGUGGGCUAUUCACGAUAGACGCAAGUUUCAGACUAUGAUCAUGGAGAUCAAGGGGUUCAACGAUAAUUUGGAGAGCUUGUUUCCCGGAUCACGGCUUCAGGUUGCGGAGGCGUUAAGGAUAGAUGUGGAGAAUAGCGAUGCGGUUGAGGAACUUCAGCUAUUGCAGGAAGCAACGUCUGAAGACCAUGAAGUGUUAUCUGACAUUGCAUCAGCCAGGCUAGAGGCUUUGGGCGCCAGCACUGUAAGAUCAGAGUUACUCACUGACAGGAGCACUAGACUCAGACAAAUUCAUUUAUACCGCUCGGCAAAACAAAAAGGUGCUCUAUAUAUCAGUAUUCAUGAUCCGCAAAGCUACUCUUCCAAGGUCUCGGCAUAUGUUUAUCAUGAGGAGCAGGGAGAGGAUCGCUGGUGGUCGCGAAAUGAAGACGGUUAUAUAGAACCGAUACAUGCAUGCUUUGAGCUAUAUAAGAGAAAGAAAUUCCACGCCAAACGGAGGGGAAAAGAUUAUGAUUUGGGCACUGAAGACGACAAUCUUCUAUUCAGCGUCGAAAGCAACUCGGAAUACGAAAACGUCAACCCAGGAACCGUCACAGUCAAAGGAUUUGCGCUCGAUGCAUGGGACUACGAAGACACCAACUACCCUCGCGAGUCCACCGUUAUUACCAACGCUUCUGAUCCAGGAAGCAUUACUGCAAAAAAGCUGCUGCGCCGUAUCGACGAACUCCAGAAAGGCGCCGGUAAACUCGGGUGGAAUCCAGAAAUAGAUCUUAUGGAUAUGAGAGAGUUUACUGGAGGCAUGGGCAUUACGUACUACGAUCCCGCGUAUGAGUUCCGCUCGAGCAGCCAGUUGUCCAAUUUAUACAGCAUGCUUAAUCGGUCCGAUAUUUUUGUGAAUUUCCUCGGCACAUCUAGCAUCUGUCUCGAAUGGAAUAACCCAAAGAAGAACGGCGGCGGUAUCUGGAAUUUUCUCUGGCAAGUCAUCCUAGCCAAGGAGCUUGCACGGCGACUAGAGAACAAGACUGAGGACAGUUGGACUUCAGGGUUCACGCCUCGAGUUCUUGCAUCCCUCAUCGUGAGCGACCUCUGGCUCAAAAAUGUAGAAAUCGUCCUCGGAGAACCAAGAUUCAAUUUAGCAGAUCUCAAGGGCAUCCAAGCCUUUGAGCAUGCCAUCGAGCUGGCGGGCAACGAUGUCUCUGCCGCCAUGCGAACUGGUCUCGCUGACGCAAAAGCCCAACUAGAAGCUGAGCUCAAGAAAAUCGGCGACGAGAAAGACCUGAAGAAGCACAAAGAGCUACGAAAAGCGUACGUAGAACAAGACUACGACACGUUGAUGAAAGGGGUUGAGAUGCACUCGCGCUGCCAUGAGCAACAGGUAGAAGGACUGCUGCUGUUUGCCGAGAAGAUAAAGUGGCCAUGGAUCAACGAGGUAAGAAACUACGCAGAAGAAGCAUACAGUGACCUACGAGGGGGGCAGAAUCUUCCUGCAGACUUGCAUGACUGGCUCUUUGGCAUGACACUUCCGGGUCAAUGGUUUGCGUUCAAGAUCAUGACCGCGUUGAUCCUAUGCACGCCAUCGAUCAAGCAAAAGACCGGUAUAGCUCCCUUCUUUGACUGCGGUCUCUCCCUCCCCAGGAAAUCAUACUGGAGAGUCCGUACAGUACUCGGCCGAGUUCUUGGCUGUCUCCCAGGCAUCAUCUCACUCUGCGGGUGGAUCGGACCUUGCCCACCCGUAGAAUUUCUCUCCCCAAUCCCCGACGAUGCAGACAAACCCCGCCACAUCCGACUAAAAGCGCGCAACAUCAGUCUCGUAAAGCACAUAACUCGUGACCCCAGUGCGCCAAUCAUAAUUGGUAGCACUGGCCGCCGCUACGAGGACAUGCAGCCGAAAGAAGACGAAGAAAUCGAGCCCUGGAUGGCCGACAUGCGCAACGCAAGCAACUGGAUCGUCCCCGAGCCCCCCGUCAAGCAAGUUGGCACCUGCGAACUAAAAGCUAUACAGCUCAAGCGCAAUAACACCGGCACAGGCUCCAUCAACGACCAAGACAAAGUCAUGUACCUUGCCCAACUCGUCUUCAAACGAGACGACAGCCCAGACCUCCAAACGUACAAACUCUUCACCAACCCCGUCUUCGUGACGCCCCCACCUUGUCUUCCCGGUCCAAAGGGCGCCCAUGAAAUUCAUCUAAGGGAGCUGCAUAGAUAUAGUGAGAAGAAUAUUUGGACGAUUGAGCAGCUGAAGGAUCAUACGGCUGAGGAUACUGAGGAUAUCGACGUCAUGGUGAUUAAUGCUACGGGAAAGGGAGCAGAGUUGUUGGCCAGAGCUUGGUGUUCGGAGCGGGGGAAGAAUGCGGUUAUACGGAGGGCGGGCGGGCCUUGUUAUGUUUGUGCUGUGCAGGCGGCUAGUCAGGAUGGUCUGCGGACCGGAGUGUUGAUUUGGGUUUCUUGA